CUUAGACUUUUAUUUUUGGUUUACAGAUAUCACAUGGACUAUAGAGACACAUUUCUGUAACAGAGUAGAAGUGCAACAUGAGAAGAACAAAGUGCUUUAGGCGACAAGCGGAGGAGGGAGACAUCAAUCCCAGAUGGGAAAAAUCAAUUCACUUUCUUUUUGUGUGUGGUGUUACUUAUUUAUUUAUUUUUUGCAGGGAAGGGAUCGAUUCAUUCAACGUACACCUUGAAUGAAUAACUAUAGUUCUCCCUACGUGCUAUAUGCACUGUCCUAAGUGUUUUACGUGGUUAAGGACACUAAGAUUUUACAAAUGGGGAAAACAAUGCACACGACGGUCAAGUGACUCGCUCAACGUCACACAGCUACUAAGUGGUAGAAAAGGCAGUUGAACCCAGGCUGCUUGGCUCCAGAGUCUAAUAUCAUGGGGAAAACCUCACGGGAGACGUGGCAACGAAGUUGUGCUUCACUGAAGUAUCUGUCCAGGUGGAAAACCGCAAGGCCUCUCUAGGAAAAUCCAGAACCAGAAAAUACUUGCUUAAUUAUGAGUUUCGUUCCUUCUUUUGCCCACUAUCCCCAUGUAACCUGCGGAGGGAUUUCAGAAGUGCAGUGAAUAAAGAAGCAGGGGACUAUGGAACACUAAUUUCCGGCAAUGGCGAAUUCAGGCUGUUUCCAUGGAAACAGUAACGGGUUGGCAGCUAGGUAUACUCUCGCGGUGCUUGAACCAGCGGAAGUGACGUCGCCGCUCGCGAGGACCUCAGGUGGAUCGCCGCGGCCCCUCCUCCCAGACCGGCAGCCUUUUCCCGCGCGUGCUGCCUUCGCCGCUCGGGCCGCCCGGGGGAAAACAUGGCGUCUGCCCUGGAGCAGUUCGUGAACAGUGUCCGACAGCUCUCAGCUCAAGUGUUGUUCCUGUUUUCCAGGGCAAAUGACACAGCUUUGUGAACUGAUCAACAAGAGUGGGGAACUCCUUGCGAAGAACUUAUCCCAUCUGGACACUGUGCUCGGGGCUCUGGAUGUUCAAGAACACUCCUUGGGCGUCCUUGCUGUUUUGUUUGUGAAGUUUUCUAUGCCCAGUGUUCCUGACUUCGAAACGCUAUUCUCACAGGUUCAGCUCUUCAUCAGUACUUGUAAUGGGGAGCACAUUCGAUAUGCAACAGACACUUUUGCUGGGCUUUGCCAUCAGCUAACAAAUGCACUUGUGGAAAGAAAACAGCCCCUGCGAGGAAUUGGCAUCCUUAAGCAAGCCAUAGACAAGAUGCAGAUGAAUACAAACCAGCUGACCUCAAUACAUGCUGAUCUCUGCCAGCUUUGUUUGCUAGCAAAAUGCUUUAAGCCUGCCCUUCCAUAUCUUGACGUGGAUAUGAUGGAUAUCUGUAAAGAGAAUGGAGCCUAUGAUGCAAAGCACUUUUUAUGUUACUAUUAUUAUGGAGGGAUGAUCUAUACUGGGCUGAAGAACUUUGAAAGAGCUCUCUACUUUUAUGAACAGGCUAUAACUACUCCUGCCAUGGCGGUCAGUCAUAUCAUGUUGGAAUCAUAUAAAAAGUAUAUUUUAGUGUCUUUGAUAUUACUUGGCAAAGUACAACAGCUACCAAAAUAUACAUCUCAAAUUGUGGGUAGAUUCAUUAAGAGACAGAGUCUCGCUAUGUUGGCCAGGUUGGUGUUGAACUCCUGGCCUCAAGCAGUCCUUCUGCGUCUGCCUCCCAGAGUGCUGGGAUUACAGCCUCUUAGCAAUGCAUACCACGAGUUAGCACAAGUGUAUUCAACCAACAACCCCUCAGAACUCCGAAACCUGGUGAAUAAGCACAGUGAAACCUUCACUCGCGAUAACAACAUGGGGCUGGUGAAGCAAUGCUUGUCAUCUCUUUAUAAGAAGAAUAUUCAGAGGCUAACAAAGACCUUUUUAACUCUAUCAUUACAAGAUAUGGCAAGUCGUGUGCAGUUAUCUGGACCUCAGGAGGCAGAAAAAUAUGUUCUGCACAUGAUAGAAGAUGGUGAGAUUUUUGCAAGUAUUAACCAGAAGGACGGUAUGGUCAGUUUCCAUGAUAACCCUGAAAAAUAUAAUAACCCAGCCAUGCUUCAUAACAUUGAUCAGGAGAUGCUGAAGUGCAUUGAGCUGGAUGAGCGGCUGAAAGCCAUGGACCAGGAGAUCACAGUGAACCCUCAGUUUGUACAAAAGAGUAUGGGCUCACAAGAAGAUGAUUCAGGAAACAAACCAUCCAGUUAUUCUUGAAACUAACAUCCAUCCUGAGCUAAACAAGAGAAACUACCAUCUUGGCCAGUGACAAGUGUUCGGAGGGCAGCAGAGAGGACCAAGCCUGUGUCACCUGGAGACUAAGAAAUUAAGUUUUGUUUUGACAUCUUCAGUCCUGUGUGCUUUCAGAAAACCAUUCUCUCUGCAAAGAAAGGAAACAGAUUUGCAAACUUUAAAGUCUGUCGUGGAUUUAUUUAUCCUCAGAUUAUUGUUACUGCAUUAAAUCUACCUUUUUGUUUUAA